AUGCCCAUCGGCCAGCAAGAAUCCGGCGUGACGUCCGGCGUCAAGUUCGUCACAUCAACCAUCGGCAACACAGUCGGCGGUGUCACAAACACCGUUGGAGGUGUUGUGGGCGCGCUGGGACGCGGUGUUGGCGAGACACUCGAGGGCGCGACGGGCAGUGCGGGAAGGCCUGUUGCGCGCGGGUUGGCAGAUGCAUCGACCAGUGUUGAGGAUGGUGCGGCCAAGAUCGCUGGAGGUGUGAAGAGGGCUGCCAACGGACUAUGGGUCUCCCAGAGCAGAAACUCCAUAGCAGCAGUCGCGGUCGUGGUAGUUCUGGCAUUUCCAUUCAGCAUCAACGUCGGCGUGAUGAAGAUGAAACUUGCGCCAUUCUUCCAAUCCGCCUGA